AAGAAAAAGGGGGGGAAAGGGUCUGUCUUUCCUGAGAUUUCUAGCCGAGGCCAACCUUCUGUCUUGUGCGUGUGCGUCAGGGCUCUCUGGGCGGCAAUGGGGGCUUGAGAGCCUGUCCCCGGCGCCAAGAACGGAGCGCGGUGGCCGCCACCGCCAUCGCCCCGGAGUCCGGCGCCGCCGAAGCGGCCGGCGGGCGGGCGCGGUGCGGCGCAGCGGCUGCGCGGCGGUGCGGGCUUUUCCCAGGCUCCCCGAGGUCGGGUGGCGCCCAGCGCCACCGGCUCGCGGUGGCGGCGUGCGUGCCGGGGGCCUGGGGUGCCGCCGCUUCGCACUCAGCUCGCCCAGCUCCGCGCUUUCGUCUCUGAGGCGGGCGGCUCCGCUGAGCUCCGGCUGGCAGCAUCACCUCCUACCAAUUUAUCCAACUUCUGCUGAGGCUCUGAAAUGCCAACGAUGUCGAGACCUGCACUUGAUGUCAAGGGUGGCACCUCACCUGUGAAGGAGGAUGCCAACCAAGAGAUGAGCUCUCUAGCCUACUCUAACCUGGGGGUGAAAGAUCGCAAAGCAGUAGCCACUCUGCACUACCCCGGGGUAGCCUCGAAUGGAACCAAGGCCAGUGGGGUUCCCACUAGUUCCUCUGGAUCUCCAACUCCAAUAGGCUCUCCUACCACCACCCCUCCCACUAAACCCUCACCCUUCAAUCUGCACCCUGCCCCUCACCUGCUGGCCAGUAUGCAGCUGCAGAAACUUAAUAGCCAGUAUCAUGGAAUGGCUUCAGCCACUCCGGGCCAACCAGGGGAGACAGGGCCCCUGCAAAACUGGGGCUUUGGGGCUCAGAUGGGAGGGACAGGGUCACUCUCUCCUCCUGCUGGUGCCCAGAGUCCUGCUAUCAUUGAUUCGGAUCCAGUGGAUGAGGAGGUGCUGAUGUCACUGGUGGUGGAACUGGGACUGGACCGGGCUAAUGAGCUUCCAGAGCUGUGGCUGGGGCAGAAUGAAUUUGACUUCACUGCAGACUUUCCGUCUGGCUGCUGAUGCCAACUGUCCCUAAACAUGAAGGAAUAAAGCCACCACUUCUGUUGUAAAUAAAAAUAAAAGUUACUUACAGAGAGUUGGACUAA